AUGGAUAUCAGACCAAAUCAUACAAUUUAUAUUAAUGAUAUGAAUGACAAGAUUAAAAAAGAAGAAUUGAAGAGGUCCCUGUAUGCCCUAUUUUCUCAGUUUGGGCAUGUGGCUUUGAAGACCAUAAAGAUGAGAGGGCAGGCCUUUGUAAUAUUCAGGGAACUGGGCUCCUCCACAAAUGCUUUGAGACAGUCACAAGGAUUUCCAUUUUAUGGUAAACCAAUGCGAAUCCAGUAUGCAAUGAUAGAUUCUGAUAUAAUAUCUAAAAUGCGGGGCCCUUUGGCUGACAAGGAAAAGAAAAAAGCCAAAGAUGUGGAACAGACUGCGGCGGCAGCCAACGAAAAGCCGGGGCAGGGAGCACCAAAUGCAGCUGAUACCCCAAGGAAUUCAACACCAAACUCUCCGGUUCCUGAUUACCCUCCAAACUUCAUUUUAUUCCUUAGUAAUUUACCAGAAGAGACUAAUGAGAUGAUGUUGUCCAUGCAGCAUAGGAGGUUGCUGCCAGAGCUCCAGAGUGGACACUGUCUCAAAACAAGUUUUAAAAUCAUCACUGAGUAUAAUCUCCCCUUCUUUUUUUAA